AUAAUCCGUCCGAUCAAACUAACAGUUUUAGCUCUGCAUGUUGAUUCAGACAACCAAACUUGCCAAAGCCCCUUUUGGACCUCUCGUCUUUCCUUCUCAAUUCAUCUUUUCCUCUGUUUCUUUAAUAUCUAUUUCCAACCGGAAAAACCCGGAAACCGUAGAAGGCACAGUCUAUUUUGUAUCUUCUUUGGUUAACAAGCCUAACUGGGAGCGAAACGGCCACCUCAAAUCUCUGGUAUCUCAUAUGCCUCCGUUUGCAGUCCACAAGAUCAUAGAGCUGCAUAAUAAUAACACUGAAUUAGGCGUUCGGUUUUUCAAAUGGGUUUGCAGGCAAUCUACAUAUUGCUAUGAUAUAGACAGCAGAAUCCAUUUGUUAAACUUAAUUGUUUCCUCUAAUUUGUUUGGGAUUGCACAUAAGGUCAUAAUUGCUCUGAUUAAAGAGUGUAGUAAUAGUGAGAAUGAUAUGUUGAAGCUGAUGGGUUCACUUGAUGAAUUGAGAGAAGUAGGACUUAGGCUGAACUACCCUUGUUAUAGCUUGCUAUUAAUGGGAUUGGCUAAGGUGAAUAUGGGUUUGGUCUACAAAAAACUGGUGGCUGAUGGAUUUGUUAUUGGUAGAAUUGAUUAUAGAACCAUAAUUAAUGCUUUAUGCAAAAAUGGGUUAUUGCAGGGAACGUCUCCUGUCUGAUGCCUUAGGGUGUUUGAAAUAAUGUCUAAAUUAGAUGGCUGCGAACCCAAUUCAGUGACGUACUCUACAUUGAUUCACGGUUUAUGUGAAGACGGGAAGCUUGAAGAGGCUUUUGGGCUGAAAGAAGAAAUGAGUAGGAAGGGUUGUCUGCCAACUACUCGAACGUACUGAUGUCGCUG